UCUCUUUCCUCACCACCACCAGCUCCCCCAAUCAGCAAAAAUGACCACCUCCCUCGACUACCUCAAACAGACCGGCACCGUCGUCGUCUCCGACUCUGGCGACUUCGAGUCCAUCGACGCCUACAAGCCCCAGGAUGCCACGACUAACCCGUCGCUCAUCCUCGCCGCUGCCAACAAGCCCGAGUAUGCUCGCCUCGUCGACGCUGCCAUCGCCCACGGCAAGUCCAAGGGCGGCAGCCUUGAUGACCAAGCCAACGCUGCCAUGGACCGACUCCUCGUCGAGUUCGGCAAGGAGAUCCUCAAGAUCAUCCCCGGCCGUGUCUCGACCGAGGUCGACGCCCGUCUCUCCUUCGACAAGGAGGGCACCAAGGCCAAGGCCCGGGAGCUCAUCAAGAUCUACGAGUCCGUUGGCAUUAAGAAGGAGCGCAUUCUGAUCAAGAUCGCCUCCACCUGGGAAGGCAUCCAGGCUGCCCGCGAGCUCGAGCGGGAUGAGGGCAUCCACUGCAACCUCACCCUCCUCUUCGGCUUUGGCCAGGCUGUUGCCUGCGCCGAGGCUGGUGUCACCCUCAUCUCGCCCUUCGUCGGCCGUAUCCUCGAUUGGUAUAAGAAGUCGACAGGCAAGAACUACGAGGGCGACGAGGAUCCCGGUGUCCAGUCCGUCAAGCGCAUCUUCAACUACUACAAGCAGUACGGCUACAAGACCAUCGUCAUGGGUGCCUCUUUCCGUAACACUGGCGAGAUCAAGGCCCUCGCCGGCGUCGACUUCCUCACCAUUGCGCCCGCCCUCCUCGAGGAGCUCCGCAACUCGACCGACCAGGUCCCCAAGAAGCUCGACGCACACGGCUCGUUCCAGCAGGAGCCCAAGGUCACGUUCAUCGACAACGAGCCUGAGUUCCGCUGGGAGCUUCUGCAGGACCAGAUGGCGUUCGACAAGCUCCACGAGGGCAUCAAGAAGUUCGCCGAGGACGGCCAGACGCUCACCAAGGUCCUCAAGGAGAAGAUCUCCAAGGCCUGAGCGCGCGGCUGGGACCCUGGGUACGAUAGGCGUGACGAGAUGAAAAAGGAGUGUUUGUUUGUAUAUUAGGUGUAAAACCGGUUCAUAGACUUUCUGCAAUCCUUUUUGCGCUAAUCCAUGCAUGUUUGUAUUUGACGAAUCCGUUGUUCC